AUGGACGACCAAUAUCCAGAACUGCAACUGCCGGAGUCACGGGUAUUGAUCGUCAUAACGGGUGGCACAAUAUGCAUGCGAAAAUCUCCAGACGGACUGGUACCUGCACGGGGCUUCCUCAAAGCUGGACUUGCACCUAGGCCGGUCUUCAACGAUGGAUCUUACCCUGAGCCUUUGGAGAUUGUUACUGACGACAAAGGCACACGCAAAGCCGUCCAAAGUCUCAGGACCCCGGUUAGCACAUAUGAACGCCGCGUGCGAUACUGCGUACUUGAGUUUGAGAAGUUGCUCGAUAGUAGCUCUAUCGACUCCAAUGGCUGGGAUCAGAUCGCGCGGACGGUCCAACGAAACUACCAACUCUUCGAUGGUUUUGUUAUAUUACAUGGUACAGACUCCCUCGCCUACACGUCAUCGGCGUUGAGUUUCAUGUUCCAUAACCUGGGGAAGCCCGUGAUUUUGACUGGAUCACAAGCGCCAAUGAUGAACUUGCAAACCGAUGCGCAAGACAAUCUGUUGAACUCUCUGAUCAUCGCCGGCCACUUCAUGAUACCAGAAGUAUGCCUUUUCUUCAACUUCAAACUAUUCCGAGGGAAUCGCGCCACCAAAGUAUCCGCGGAAGACUUUGAUGCGUUUGGUAGCCCCAACUUACCACCACUGGCCACUGUAUCCUCUACCAAAACCAAUGUCCUGUGGCAUCGCGUCCAUAGAUCUGUGGACCUUAGACCUUUUACCAUCCAGACGAGUCUAGAUACAGCACAUGUAGCCUGCCUACGCGUGUUCCCAGGUAUCACGCCAGCGAUGGUAGAUGCAGUCCUGCGUUUGGAAGGCCUGAAAGGGCUAGUACUGGAGACCUUUGGAGCCGGAAAUACUCCAGGAGGACCGGACAGCGCAAUGACCCGAUGCUUAGCGGACGCGGUAAAAAGGGGGAUUGUGAUCGUGAAUGUAACUCAGUGCUUAAGUGGUAGUGUCAGCGCCCUGUACGCACCCGGGGCGUUCCUUGGUCGUGCUGGCGUUGUCUUUGGCCAGGAUCUAACCUCAGAGGCAGCGCUCACCAAACUAGCCUACCUCCUCGCACUACCGGAUGCUACACCCGAAGAGGUUGCGAAGCGCAUGUCUGUUUCCCUACGUGGCGAGCUUACUGAGACCACACGCACCCAUUUCGAGCACCCGUCAAGGAGCGGUGUCCUUACCCCUGAGCUCUCAAGUCUCACAGCGCUCGGCUAUGCUGUUCAAAAAGGCGACCUGCAAGCGACAAAAGACAUCAUUCGAGGAGAGCCUCGAUGGCUACUCAACGAUGCCGAUUAUCAGAUGAACAGCCCCGUAGAUACACGAAUGCAAAGGACCGUCGUUACCAUCAACAGCAAUGGCCGCCAAUCGGCGAGCUUCAUUCGCGUGGCCGCCGCACUAGGAUGGCAAGUUCGAGCGCAGAUGCGAGACCUGAACGGAAUAGUUGCACGGGAGUUGUGUGAAUUAGACAAUGUUACCGUCUACAUUGGUGCGCUAGAGGACAAGAAAUUUCUCGACGAUCUGUUCAAGAGCGCGCAAUGCGCAUUCAUAAAUACCACACACUGGGGGGACGAGGUUGCUAUUGGUCGAUCGCUUGCCGAUGCCGCAAAGAAAGCCGGAAUUCAACACUACAUCUAUUCAAGCAUGCCAGACCACUCUGUCUUCGGCAACAACUGGAGAGCGCUACCACUAUGGGCACCAAAAUUCACAGUCGAACAGUAUAUCCGCCAAAUCGGCCUGCCGGCAACUUUCGUCUACUGCGGCAUCUACCACAACAACUUUACCGGCCUCGAUUUUCCGCUAUUUCGCAUGGAGCAUCAGUACGAUGGGAGUUUUGUUUGGCAAGCACCUUUCCACCCAGAUCAGCCGUUGCCCUGGUUGGACUCGGAACACGAUAUAGGACCAGCUAUUUACCAACUCUUUAAGGAAGGUCCACGAAAGUGGAAUGGCAAGCGGAUCCCUCUUGCGUUUGCAUCGAUGACCCCGCGAGAAGUCUGCAAGGCUUUCAGUACCGGUCUCCGAAGAUCAGUCCGCUACAAGCGGGGCCCCAUAGUGAUCAACGUGCCCACACCCACAGGCUAUCGGGAGCACCUUUCCGCACUGGAGUACACGUUGGGAGAGAAGGGCGCGCCAUACUUCGGACCUGAUCUUGAGCCGGAUGUUCCCAAGGUCUCCCUUGAGCUGUGGGAAGGAAACCGUUCCAUGGAGGAGUACGCCCAGGAGGUAUUCCCGGUAGAAGAGGCUGCCAACGGCCUUACAUGGAUGGAAGAGGUAGAGACGCCUAGGAGAGAGAUCGAGAUCGACUUUGAACAGAUCAAUUGCUGA